CCGCUCAGCUGGCUGGCGCGUCGACAGCCGAGAGAAGCAGCGCCAUCCCCGCCUGACUCGCCUGGCCGCGCCCGGAAAACUCUUGCUCGUAUCCGGCCUUUUAUUCACGCUUCAACGCUUCCUUGGUGGCGCGGUGGAUUAGUGGUUUGGUAGUCCGGCCCGCGAUGGUCGCGCUCCAUGGCGGCUGCUGCUGAGAGGCAGGUGCGGCGAAGGCAUGAGGGCCUAGGAUCUAGGAUCUAGGAUCUAGAACUAGUCACAACGCUGAAGGAGGAGACGCCAUUCUUACACCAUCAUGGAGCUGCACAUAGACCAGGGGCGCUACCAGGACUAGGACUAGGAGGUGGUCUACCAGGACUAGGACUAGGAGGUGGUCUACCAGGACUAGGACUGGGAGGUGGUCUAGCAGGACUAGGACUUGGAGGUGGUCUAGCAGGACUAGGACUAGGAGGUGGUGUAGCAGGAGCAGGACUACCUGCAGGUUUCUCCGAGCUAGGAUGAUGGAUCUGCAGAUGGAGGAGGUGGUGUACCAGGACGACUACGGCUCCGGCAGCGUGAUGUCUGAGCGCGUGUCGGGCCUGGCCAGCAGCAUCUACCGGGAGUUGGAGAGGUUGAUCCGCAGCUACGACGAGGAGGUGGUGAAGGAGCUGAUGCCGCUGGUGGUCAACGUGCUGGAGAACCUGGACGCCGUGCUGACGGAGAACCAGGAGCACGAGGUGGAGCUGGAGCUGCUGAAGGAGGACAACGAGCAGCUCAUCACGCAGUACGAGAGGGAGAAGGCGCUGCGCAAGCAGGCGGAGGAGAAAUUCAUAGAGUUUGAAGAUGUUCUGGAAGCAGAGAAGAAGGAGCUGCAGGUCCAGGUGGACUUCCUGGAACUACAAGGGAAACAACUGGAACUGAAGUCCAGGAACUACGCUGACCAAAUUACACGCUUGGAGGAGCGGGAGUCGGACAUGAAGAAGGAGUACAACGCUCUGCACCAGCGCCACACUGAGAUGAUCCAGACCUACGUGGAACACAUGGAGCGCUCCAAGAUGCAGCAGUCAGCUAGCAACUCAGAUGGCACUGGACGCAGUCAACGCCACACCUGGAGGAAAAGCAAAGCAGAGCGCCCGCCAUCGCUGAACCUCCACCCCAGUGGUGAAGGCAUGGAGGAUGGUUCCGAGUCGGACUCAGUGGGUGUGACCCCCAGCAGUUGUGGCAGCAACACACCCACAUCCUCCCACUCGCUCACACCCGUCAACCAAGUCUUCUUCCCGCCCUCGGACUUGGACGUGACUCGUGCUGGGAACACGAGCAGGAAAAACAACAAGCGGCUCAGCCGGAAUAUGGAAGUCCAAGUCUCCCAGGAGACUAGGAACGUAAGCAUUGGCAUGGGAAGCAGUGACGAGUGGUCCGAGUUCCAGGAGAUCAUCGAUUCAACUCCCGAGUGUGACAUGUGUGUGGACCCCCGGGUAUAUGGAGGAGGAAACAGUCCCUCCCAGGGCAUCGUCAACGAGGCCUUUGGCAUCAACACAGACUCGCUGUACCACGAGAUCAAAGACGCCAAGUCCGACAUCAUCGGAGACGUGGACGCGGGGGCGGAGCUUCUUGGAGAGUUCUCAGUCCGAGAUGAUUUCUUCGGGAUGGGCAAGGAGGUGGAGAACCUGCUGACGGAGAACAAACAGCUGCUAGAGACCAAAAAUGCUCUGAACAUCGUGAAGAACGACCUGAUUGCCAAAGUGGAUGAGCUGUCUAGCGAGCACGAGGUGCUGCGGGAGGAAGUGGAGGCCGUCAGGCAGUCCAAGAACAAGAUGGACGCCAGAGUCAAGGAGCUGGAGGAAGAACUGAGGAGGCUGAGAGCUGAAGCCCUUGGAGCAUCACGGGAGUCCAAGGACGAAGGAAGUGAUGAUUUGUCCUCCCCCAUCCAAGAUGGCGACAUGACCAUGACCCAGCGGCGGAGGUUCACUCGGGUGGAGAUGGCCAGGGUCCUGAUGGAGAGGAACCAGUACAAAGAGAGGCUGAUGGAGCUCCAGGAGGCAGUGAGGUGGACGGAGAUGAUCAGGGCAUCCCGGGAGAGUCCUGCAAUCCAGGAGAAGAAGAAGUCCACCAUCUGGCAGUUCUUCGCACGUCUCUUCAGCUCGUCUGCCAGUCCUCCACCAGUCAAGCGUCCAUACUACAGCGUCAACAUUCACUACAAGUCACCAUCGCCUGCAGGAUUCUCACAGAGACGCAGUCACACUAUGUGUCAGAUCUCCACCUCCAACCGGACACUCCAGUUCUUCCCAGAAGAACUGGCCAGUAAUGGUGUGGCAUCUCUCCUCAGCGACUCGGCCCUGUUGGCCCGCAGAGAGCAGCGGCGUGAGCAGUACCGUCAGGUGCGGGAACACAUGCGGCGUGAUGAUGGCAUCAUGCAGGCCUGUGGGUGGAGUGUGCCCUCACGUCUCAAGCAGACUGGCGGUCAGACGGACAGCGCUCAGGACAGCCCGCUGAAGAGACAACAGACCAGCAAUGACAAAGACAUGAAGAACGUUCCGGUCCCGGUCUACUGUCGGCCCCUGGUAGAGAAAGACCCCAACAGGAAGUUGUGGUGUGCAGCCGGGGUGGACCUCACAGGGUGGAGGGCCAGCCCCCAGGAGGCGGGGCCAGUCACAGGGGCCCCCGAAGGCAGCGACCCCCUGCGUGGGGAGGAGAAAGAGGGAGGCAAGAAGAGCACCAACAACUCCCCAGAGAAGAGGAAGUCCAAGGAGGUCCAGGAGACGGACGCCAUGAGCAGCCGCGUGUGGAUCCUGACCAGCACACACUCCGCCAGCAAGGUGGUGAUCAUCGACGCCAACCAGCCGGGCUCACUGGUGGACCAGUUCAACGUCUGCAAUGCACACGUGCUCUGCAUCUCCAGUGUGCCAGCUGCCAGCGAGAGCGACUACGCGGCGGGUGAGAUCGUGUUGGACCCGGGUGAUGGCGGUCCAGGCCAGGAUGGUGGAGGUGUGGAGGGUAUGUUGGCCGGCAUCACCCUAGUGGGGUGUGCCACUAACUGCAGUGUUGCCCGUAGCAACUGCUCCUCCCGCACUGACACUCCCAUCACGGACAAAGACCAAGGCCCCGCCCACGCCAAGAUUCACCCGGCCCAGUCGGCCGAGGAGGCCACCGAGGCCACCGAGUCCGCCGCCAGCCACGCCGGACCCCCGGGGCCGUUUAUGGAGCACGUCUUUACUGAUCCGCCGUCUGUCUCAGACAGGAGCACCGCUCAGUCCAAGGAGGAGACGGCGGUUGCCGCGGAGACGGAGGACGGCGGCCAAGAGGCCAAGACUUACACCAGCAUGGCCCCCACCAUGUGGCUUGGGGCCCAGAAUGGCUGGCUUUAUGUCCACUCAGCAGUGGGCAACUGGAAGACGUGUCUGCACUCCAUCAAACUCAAAGACUCGGUGCUCAGUCUGGUGCACGUGAAGGGCCGAGUGCUGGUGGCCCUCGCUGACGGGACCUUGGCCAUAUUCCACAGAUCAGAAGAGGCCCAGUGGGACUUGUCCAACUACCACCUGAUGGACUUGGGGCGUCCUCACCACUCCAUCCGCUGCAUGGCGGUGGUGCACGAUAAGGUGUGGUGCGGCUACAAGAACAAGAUCCACGUCAUCCAGCCCAAGAGCAUGCAGAUCGAGAAGUCCUUCGACGCCCACCCACGUCGUGAGAGUCAGGUGCGGCAGCUGGCCUGGAUCGGUGAUGGCGUGUGGGUGUCCAUCCGCCUGGACUCCACCCUGCGCCUCUACCACGCCCACACCCACCAGCACCUGCAGGACGUGGACAUCGAGCCCUACGUCAGCAAGAUGCUGGGCACUGGCAAGCUGGGCUUCUCCUUUGUGCGGAUCACGGCUCUUCUCAUUGGAGGAAACCGCCUGUGGGUGGGGACUGGCAACGGUGUCAUCAUCUCCAUCCCUCUGACUGAGACGGUGGUCUUACACCGAGGACAACUUCUGGGUCUGAGGGCCAAUAAGGUGUCUCCGACCUCGUGCGGGGGCGUGAUCCACGUCUACGGCGACGACGGCUCGGAGAAAAGCAGCGGCAGCUUCAUCCCGUACUGCUCCAUGGCACAGGCCCAGCUCUGUUUCCACGGACACCGUGACGCCGUCAAGUUCUUUGUCUCCGUCCCAGGCAACGUCUUGGCCACGCUGAACGGCAGCGUGCUGGACAGUCCGUCUGAGGGUCAGACCUGCACCCAGGAGACCGAGGCACAGAGUCUUCACAACGUCCUGGUUCUGAGCGGCGGUGAAGGUUACAUCGACUUCCGCAUAGGGGACGGCGAGGACGAGGAGACGGAGGAAAGUGAGAGUAACGAAGCCUCACAGGUCAAACCCACUUUGUGCAAAGCAGAGCGGAGUCACAUCAUCGUCUGGCAGGUGUCUUACGUACCUGAGUGACAUCAUCUUACGUACCUGAGUG